GUGACUUAGAAAUACACGCAUAUAUGUAACGAAUGACUGGCAACUAAACAACUCGGCGUCGGCCGCGUGCACACAUCUGGAUACCAUCUUAUAUUAACGAAAGAUCGCCUUCCAUACGUCGAACCGUACUUCGCUCGCUCGAUACGACGCGUUUUGCGAGGGUGUUCAACGGCAUCGCACAAGAGACAUGCUCCAAUGGGAGGUAGCUGUGCACCCUAGCAAGAAGCGCGAUGACGCGAGUGCGCGAAGGCCGGCUACCCGCUGGGAGAUCAGCCUUGAUGAUGGUUCACUAGUGGGAGUUGUGGGUCCAAGCUUCGCUGAAGGGUUACUCUUUUAUACCUGCUCGGCCACUUUAUCUGGCCAGAUCGGAUGGCUCCAGAUGGACUCCAUAGGACAUAGCCAUUCAAUCAAGCACAUGCAACCUAUCGAUAAGAUGGACUGGGAGGCGCCUAUUUGGGACAGGUGUUGAUCUAAGUCUGUCG